AAAGCGUCCAGUCCCGAAGCGGAAGACAUCAGUUGUUGUUGGAUGCAUCUCAUCCAUUCAUACUUCCACCCAACAACAAGAGAGGAGUCAUACAAUCGAGUGCGAUUCACUCAAAGUCAACGCGCAAAUUUGAUUGAGCCAUCGAAUCUCACCAUCACCGAGCAUCAUUCCUCGAUACAGAGCAACAAGCAACAAGCAACAACCAUGGCAGCACCAGCAGAGCCCGUGGCACCCCGCCUCCACCCGCAAGAGAUCUCUUUCCCUCUACCAAAGGCCCUCCACACGACGGCACAUAUCCACCUGACGCUGCUGGAGACAUGUGUCAUGGUGUUUCUGGCCACUUCGACUCCGGGCGACUCGGCCGGGACGAUGAAGCCGAUGGGGAGUUUGGUGUACGCGAUGCCUGACCUCAAAUCCCCCACAAUGCCCCCCCUCUCCACAACAAUCUACACCUCCCCCAACAGCCUAGAAUACACCACGCGCGUCGCUAAGAUCCUCGCCCGCCGACUGCGCAUCCCCGUCUACGUCGGGAGCAGCAUCGACCCGACCUCGCUGGGCCUGCAGGUGGAGGAGGAGAUGGAGGGGCUGCGUCGGAUUGUGGAUGUGGUGGUGGAGCGGUGGGAGAAGCGGGUGUAAGGGAUAGAUAGGGUACUUCCCCGGGUAUUUGUUUGGGGUUGAGCUUGGUCGUAUGUCAUUCGAUGUGGUGAGGAUUUAGGAGUAAGGGGG